AUGGUCCGUCUACGGCAGUCAACCGAGAAAUCCGUUGACGGUAUAGCAAACGGGAAUCCCAAUGAAAGCGCCAACGCAGUCGGCCUAGAUCCUAGCAGCGAGAAAACCGAUCGCUCUAGAUGGAGACUCCUGGCUGAAGCAGGUCGUCAUACGUGGCACUACUUGAAGACGGACAAGGAAAGCGAGGCAUGGCCACAGACCGUUGCGGACAAAUAUUUUCUGGGUUUACCAACAGAACUCCCCAAUCUGCCCGCUGCGUCCAGACCGUCGGAAUCAAUAGAUAACUGCUUGACAUUUUACUCCAAGCUACAACUGCCUCCAGGGAACUGGGCAUGCGAAUAUGGCGGCCCACUGUUCCUCCUUCCAGGUAUCGUCAUUUGCUGGUAUGCGACAGGGACGCCAAUUCCUCCCGAAUAUCAGAUCGAGAUCAGAAACUACCUCUUCGCGAGGCAAAACAAAGAUGGCGGUUGGGGUCUCCACGUUGAAGGACAUACUUCGGUCUUUGGAACUGCAAUGAACUACACAAUAUUGAGGAUCCUAGGGGCCAGCGAGGAAGAUACACGAAUGGUGAAGGCAAGAGGCAAGCUCCAUGAACUUGGAGGUGCAGUCAACGGUCCGCACUGGGCAAAAUUCUGGCUCAGCGUGCUGGGUGUCACGCAAUGGGAGAUUGUCAAUCCUGUUCCCCCAGAGUUAUGGCUUCUUCCUGACUGGGCGCCAGUCGCCCCUUGGAGGUGGUGGAUACACAUGCGCCAGGUCUUCUUGCCCAUGUCGUUUAUAUGGUCGAAGAGAUUCACCAUGCCAGAGACCGCGCUUAUCAGACAGCUUCGGCAGGAACUCUUUGUGCAGCCGUACGAGGCCAUCGACUUUUCUUCGCAUCGCAACUCGAUCUCCCCGGCAGACAACUAUCAUCCGAAAUCUUGGUUGCUGAACCUGAUCAAUUUCAUGCUCGUCUGGAUCUGGAUACCUUUGUUCAGAAUCAAGUUCGUUGUUGACCGAGCUGAAGCCUGGGUUUGGCGACUGGUUCAAUAUGAAGACCACAACACCGACUAUGCCGACCUGGCUCCUGUGAACGCCCCGAUGAACACAAUAUGUUGCUUCAUCCAGGAGGGCUCUGACAGUUACUCGUUCCAGCGCCAUCUAUACCGGCUCGAAGAAUACCUAUGGGUCAACAAAGAAGGUAUGCUGGUCAAUGGCACCAACGGCGUGCAAGUCUGGGAUACGGCAUUCACCAUCCAAGCGUGCAUCGAGGCCGGUCUGGCCGACUCGCCGAAGUGGCAGCCCAUGCUCACCCGAGCACUGGAAUUCCUCGACUCGGAGCAGAUCCGUGAAGAAGUCCCUGACCGGGAUAUCUGCUACCGGCAAGCUCGCAAAGGGGCGUGGCCGUUUAGCACGAAACUGCAGGGCUACACCGUCUCCGACUGCACAGCCGAGGCUCUGCGGGUGGUUCUUCUUCUGCAGAACAGCCACAAGUACAAGCCCGUGCUCGACGAAUCUCGCAUCCGUGACGCCGUCGAUGUUCUGCUGACUAUGCAAAACAAGCACACCGGCGGCUUCGCCAGCUAUGAGAUCCAACGCGGCUCGGAAUGGUUGGAAUUGCUGAACGCCGCCGAAGUGUUUGGUCGUAUCAUGGUAGAAUACGACUAUCCCGAAUGCACGACCGCGGUAGUGACUGUCCUGUCUCUGUUCCAGAAAUUCUACCCAGAGUAUCGAACCGACGAGAUCAAAAGCAUCAAGGAGACUGCUCUGCGGUACAUUCGUCGAGCACAACGCGACGAUGGAUCGUGGUAUGGCAGCUGGGGGAUCUGUUUUACUUACGCGGCCAUGUUCGCCCUUGAGUCCCUGUCUUCCGUCGGCGAGACGUACGCUUCUUCGCCACGCGUCAAGAAGGCGUGUGAUUUUCUCAUUUCGCAUCAGAUGUCCGACGGUGGCUGGGGUGAGAGUUACCGCGCGUCGGAGCUCAAGGUCUGGAUCGAUCACGAACAGUCCCAGGUCGUACAGACCUGCUGGGCCGUUAUCGCUCUGAUGUACGCGCAGUACCCGGACAAGAUACCCAUUGCUAGAGCGUUGGCCAUGGUCAUGAGCCGCCAGCAACGCAACGGCGAGUGGCUGCAGGAAGCCAUCGAAGGCGUGUUCAACUGCUCCUGCAUGAUCACCUAUCCGAACUACAAGUUCUAUUUCCCCGUCAAAGCGUUGGGCAUGUAUAAAGCGAGAUGGGGAGACGAGAAGUUGAUAUAG